AGAUGAAGUCCUCGUACCAAAGUCGCAUAUUCACCCAGAGGCUCUACUGAAUCCUGGUCUCAGAUGAAAGCUAGUUCGUACGCUCGACCGUAAAGUUGGUGUUAUUUCCUUAUACGGAUGGUCGACGGGAGAAACCUUGGCAUUUACUCGUCAUAAGUAAUGAGGAAGUCGCUCACAACCAACUUGUAAACUGCCCACAUCCCUUUUCAAAGUUCAUAGUCCUGUUUCACUAUGGCUAUCAUUCACUUGGUGUUCUUCGCCUGGAAAUCAGACGUCUCAAAGGAAACAAUUACAGAUGCCCUAGAACGUCUGCAAGCGUUGGAGCUAGACUGCGUCCACCCGAUCUCGAAGAAGCCAUACAUCAAGUCGCUCAAAGCCGGCGCUAAUAACUCCCCGGAGGGCGUUUCGGACCCUUAUACACAUGGUUUCGUGGUCGAGUUCGAGAGCGCCGAGGACAGAGACUACUACGUCGACCAGGAUCCAGCGCACACCGACUUCAAGAGUUUUGCCGGGCCACAUCUAGCAGGUGUGAAGGUGGUGGACUUCGAGCCUGGAAAGUUUUGAGAAGAGUUCUUCGACCAAUUCUAUGUCCGAUAUGCCAGUUGUAACGCCGGGUAUGCUAUGCGGUGCCUAGUAAUGCCGAAGACGAAAUAAUUCUACAAUGAUGUAUGCAACAACUCGUGGUAUGAAGUGGAUGUCUAUCCCACGCUGAAUGACUCG